UGAACUUGAUAGGUACUCUACCUCACCGAGUAAAUUCUACAAGGUGGCUACCUCACAUGAGAAGGGCUCUGAACACAUUAUUCACUACUUACCCGGCUUUUUCUCGCCACCUGCAGGAUGCAUCACACACGAAUGCAAAGGCGAAUGGGCUUGCACGCUUGCUUGAAUCAUCCUCAAUUAUGACAUAUGCAGGCUUGUUAUUGGAGAUCAUUAGUCCACUUGUCAGACUUUCACUCACACUGCAAAGACAAGACAUUACCAUUGGAGAUGCAAGAGUUGCCAUUUUGGCCACAGUGGAUUAUCUUAAACAGUAUGAUCCAAACAACAGUGAAAAACUACAAGGCAUUAUUCAAGAGCAGUCCUGGGCAGGUUAUGAAUUGAAAGGUGGCUCAUCUGAUGUGAAACAAAGGAGUUGUAGUACAGUUGAGAAGAUAAUAGAGAAAAUCAGUGAAAGAUACCAAGACCUCAGUGGGGAGCUUUUGGAUGCCACCACUAUUGGGUCUUUGAAGAACUGGCCAAUUGAAAACCAAGAAACCCUUUUUGUUCAAUAAAUGAUGCUGGACCAAAUGAAUUUGGAUCAGAUCAUGUGAAAACUCUGGUGAACAGGUUCAGCAAUACACUGGAGAAUGCCUAAAUAAAUGUCUCUGAGAUUAUGGAAGAGUGGCAAAUGUUGAGAUGUCUUGUUUACAGAAGAUUUGGUGGGCAAUUUAAGGUUACCUCUUGGCAAGAUAUCCAUGCUGCUUUUGGUGAAAGUGGUGUGCCAAACAUCCUUGCUCUGAUAGAUCUGAUACACAGUCUUCC